GCCAUACUGUAUAUAAAACCGUCGGAGGGUCUAUAGACGCGCGAGAUAAACCUGGGGUAUCUUUAUCAAGAUUCAAAAAGAGAAAAGAAACGGAAGAAAAAACCAACCGCUACCAUGCUCCUUUGUCCCAAUGUCCAACACCGCCACUUCCCAUCGUCAUCAGCCAUUAACAAUACUCUUCUUCCUCCUUUGCCAAAUCGCUCACCUCCUAAAAAAGACCAAAAACGCCGUUUCAUGAUAUACACAAACACCUCCUCAACCCCAUCAUACAUCAUCCUCCAAAAACCUCCUCAUCAACAAAUUAAACCUCGUAUCCCUGCCCCGCACCACCUCGGGCGUCAACUCCCUCAAAUACCUCUCCCAGGCCAUCUGACUCCAGGCAUGAUACGCCAGCUGGUUCGUAAACAAGCUGCCCCCAUGCCUCUCAAUCUCGCCCUCCCAGUACUUUGCCUUUUCCUUGUCCAACCUCUCAUGCAUCCAGUCAAUAUGCCUCCACGUCCAUGUCGGCCAGAAAAACGCAUCGGGCGCCAGGGCGCAAACCUCGCUUGGGUGCUCCUCGGCGAGCUCCUUUGGCAGAAUCACAGAGUGGUAAUUCCAUUCCUUGGAGAGGUCGGUGUUGUUAUAGGAUUCUAGCCAUCUGGUGAGGAAAGUCGAGUUGGGCCGGGCGGCGAUGACGGCGUUGCAGAGACCCCAGCGGUUUCCGCCUUCUGCGCCGAGGAUUACAUCAUGGGGUGAGGGGUUGGCGAGGAUGUGGUCAAAGGGACGGAGGGCAAAGGCGUCGAUGUCAAGGUAGAUGCCUCCGUCUGUCAGGAGGGCUUUGAGGCGCAAUGUGUCCGAGACGUGAGCGUAGUGGUCGGAUGAGGAGGUGGGUGGGUGGUGGAUUAACGUGAUGUCUUUUGACAACCGACGAAUCCAAGGAUUGGUUAAUGGGUCGGCGUUGGGGUCCGGCGAGGGUGGUUCGGAGAGCUGAGGAAAUCAAAGUGACCUGCGCCGGGGUUGUACAGUGGGUUCUUCAGCCCGUAGUUGAAGUGGACAAUGUUUGGUAUUGGUUCGGAAUCGUCGGUGGUAUGGUGGUUGUGAUGGUGUUCAAACGAGGAAGACUGGCCGUUGAGGCAUGCCAGCUCGGCUUCGGUCGGGACGAAGGCUUGCUCGAUCCAUUUCUGACCCGAAAAUGGGUUGGUCUGUCUCACAUGGUCCCCGAAUCGGUAGAGGUAGGGCGCGGAUAUGUAGAUGACUAUGCAGCCGUAGACGAUAGCGACGAGACGGUAGGCAUUGCGCGACACGAUCAUCUUCUCGGUUCUUGGAUCGCGUCGUCGAUGUUAGAGGUCGUCGAGUGAGGAAUUGGUCGGAGCCGCAAAAACGUUAUGUUGGCGGCGGUGGCAGCUUUUUGCAACCCCGACGUUCGAAUGGUUGGGAAGGUCAAAGCCGAGACCGAAGAAAAUAUUAGGUAUGAGGAAUACAGGGGGGGGGAAGCUGAGGUGUCAGGCAAGGCUAAAAGGGGCUAGGUCAUGUCUCGUGGUGGGCUGUUUGUUGCAACCGCAUGUGCCGAAGUGAAGAACAGGAGGAGUCGAUGAUGCUGUAGGUUGAAAGUUUGGAUGUUGUCGGGACUUGGUUGGAGUGGGAAUGGUGGAGGCCUGGAGGGGCAAGGUUUUAUUGAUUCUGGCCAUUCGCCAAUUCUUCGCGAAAGCACUUCUUCUUCAGACAGCCAGGAGGUGGUCAAGUUUUCUGGGCAAGGCAUCGCAAGGCACAAGGCAAAGCUCCCGUCAUCUGUGACAGCAAGAGCUGGGGCCAAGUACCUUGGUACCCAGUCCGAGCUUGAACCAGGAACCAAUGCAAGCCCAAGUAAGCCCCCGGCAGGCUGGACCCACCAACUCCCUUCCCCGCCAAUCCCGUCAAAAGAACAAGGCUUGGCGCUGUGCGGUGUAAGGCGCGGGCGGCGGCCCACUCCUCGAGCCUGCAUCUCGAUGCCCAAAACAGCAACACAAGAAUGCGGUGCUGUCAUCCAAACUGUUUCAUCGCCCAGGAUUUCUUCUAGAUCUUUUUUUUUCAAGAGUCAUUGGCGUCUCAAAACAAAACACCACGGCAGCCAGCCUGGGCUGUCGACUCUCCACCGUCACUCCAAGCCCCAUGUGGCAUCGAGUACAACCUGGAACUAAAUAUCGCACGAGUGCGAGUGUCGUUUGGUCCGUGGCUCGGAGAUAUUGGACCGGCUAAACAGGAAAUAGACCAUAGCCAAGAGCGGCUGGAAAUCGGCAUACUACAGCACGUCGGACAGUGACAUUCUGCCUCGGUAGUACAACGACACCACCAGAACUGGGACUAUGCAUUGCGUGCUGCGCAGUUGGGUCGCUGAGAGCGUGGCUAUGCUCUUGUGCUGUUCUGAUGCAGCAACUCGUACGGCUGAAGCCAGUAUAGCCUCCUAGCGUAGCAACAGUGCUAUGUAACUCGCGCAUUACAAAAGGACCUCGAGAGUCGUGUGAUGUCUGAAGAUCUCUUGUCGGAUUGGGAUUGGGAUUGGGAUGCGUGUGAUGCGAGUGUGCAGAGUAUUGAUAGGUAGAGCCCAGAGAUGUGACGUGCCGGGAUGCCGAACCCCGCCUCCAACACCACCUUGGGAGAAAUAUUGAGUGUUGGGCGAAGAACAAAAAGAAAAUUGGAUAGAAUGUUGGUGGGUUUUCCUGUUGCCUGCUGUCUUAUAGCUUGAGGUUACGCGGCAGGCUACGUAACGCAGACUUGUGUCUGCUGGCACACAUUUUCACAUCUCACGGCCGUUGAAACACUGACACGCUUAGUGAUCGAAAUCUGCACCCUGGCCAUCUGCACGGAAAGCUGCCACCCUCGAAUUCGCGUGGGGGAUAUGACUGAAACAGACAUUCGGCAGUUUUGAAUUUGAUAUUAAUCAGAGUUGUGAUCAAAAUAUGCAUCUCCUCCGCAUCAUGCCAAGCUCGGACACUGAAGCUCUGAUCGAGCUCUGAAUAGCUUCAACCGCCAAGUACCACCCUAAAUGCGGGGUGACCAAACGGCGUUGUGGCUGGCCGCUCCCGAAGGUGGGUGGUGGGUCCGAUCUCCACAGCGGUUGACCCACGCGUCAUGGCGUGCAUUCCCAACUCACAAGUUGACAGACGCAGGGAAAGUCAAAGUUGGAAAAAACAAACAACUCAAUCUCCUUCUUCCUACGAUUUUUGGAAAUUUUGGGUCACCCGCCAUCGAGUUUCGUCUUGACAACCUCAAGAUGCUCAUGAACGUCACCACUUCAGUUUAGGCGGCCUCAACGUCCUGUACCACGAAGCCAGUCCACCAUGGUCGAUUGAACGCCCGCCCGGAAUGCUGCAACUGGCCCAGAGAGUCGGGCAGAGCCUGGACUCUUGAUCCUGUCUCUCUCUCGGCGGGGGCGCUGUCUCGUCGAUCGCCACGUGUUUCUGCUCCUUGGAACAAUAUCGUCAGCAGACCUCUCUCCAUCUUCCUCUUCAGCAGGCGCGCGGCAAUGCCGAGCAGCACUCGAGCAGCAGCACAGCAUCCGGCAGGCGGGCGAGAUCCACUGGUUUGGACAGCUUAACCCAGGGCGGCUCUCUUUGUUUAUGCCCUAAUCAGCAAAGCCGGCGCUCUAAACACACGAUGGAAGCCCAGUGGUACUGUCUGACCCCUGAACGCUGGAGAUUGGAGGUUGGAGAGAUUGCUGGGUCGGUACGGAGUAGCGGUUGCGGCAGAAAACACAAAAAAAUGAUAAUGGAGGUGUGAGUGGUGUGUGGUGUUCUGCUUGCUCACCCACCGCACCCCAACCCCGUUGUUUUUGUGCCGCCCACCUUUUGUUUUCCUUGCGACAUUUCGACUUUUGGCCCUUCCUAUCGUUUGCCCUAGACAAGUCUCUAUCUCCUCUUUUACGCCAUUUUGCUUCAUUCGCUGCGCUGCGCAAGUUCGUCGCGUUUUUGCUGUCCAAUUUUCCACAUAAUCACAGGUUAAUUCCACAUUAUCAGCCAUGGCUCGUGAAGGAACCCGUUCGUCCACCGGCAACUCCAAGCCGCGUGUCUUUCAGACUGUCGACACCGCUCCUGCCGUGAAGAGGACCACCAAGCCCAAGGCUGCGAAGGGGGAGACCAAGGGCGCCAAACCCACCGGUGUAACCAAGAAGAAGGCCGCCCCCAAGAAGGAGACCGUUGCGAAGAAGGCCAAGGCUGCUAUCAAGAAGGCCGCGCCCAAGAAGGCAGCCGAGAAGGCGGAAAAGACGGAGAAGGCCGACAAGCCCGAGAAGGCUGAGAAGGCUGAAAAGGCCGAGAAGGUUGAGAAGGUCGAGAAAGCUGAGAAGCCCAAGACAACAACCAAGAAGAAGGAGGCUGCUGCUGCCAAAUAAACGGUAAACCGGCGUGUCCCAUCUCUCUUCCUCUUCCCCGUGCAAAGCUACAUCAACACACGGGAACUCUUCAGUGCACAUUCUUUGGAUGUCAGGGUCUCUUAUCUUUCCCGAGUAUUUAAUCCCCUUGCCUCUAUAUAUAGUAACUGGCUUUUUCUCUGUGUGUAAGGAGCGUCUUGGUUAUAUAUUUCGGUUCUUUUUCAUUUG